AUGUUCAAAUUUAAAGCAGAUUUUCUGCAAUUUUCUUUUUUUAUUAGUCCGCCAUCUUUUGCUAAAAUUCUUGUUGUAGUGGAUGUAUGCACAUUUAAAUCUAAAAUGUGCUUCAACCUAUUCGCAAUAAAAUUUUUACCACUAGCAAUUUUAAUUAAUUUUGAUUGUGUUCUAAGAGAGGCUUUUUUAGACGAACAGAUGAUUUCUUCUUGCCAUAAUUUUAAGGUUAUUUAUGUAUUUAGCAAUAACAACAUGUGA